GACACGACUAACAGCCGGCAUCGGGUCGCGCCCGCACGCGCACAUCCAACGCCCGCGUUUUGAAAUGAUUAUCGUUGUACGGUUUUUUGUCCAUAGAGUGCUACGCACAACCACGCACGCCGCCGCUACACACUACUUUGCGUACUCCACGGCAGCCAGCCAGUCAUUCACUCGCAGUCGGUCGUCCAGCAGCAACGCCGGUGAUACCAUCGUGCCCAUCAACGUUUUUGAAUAGUCGUUUACGAUACGUGUAAUAAACAAUAAUAUUCAGUUCGAAAACAACCAUAAGUCGCGUUUCGCCGGUCGACGAUGUUGCGAUCGCAAUAAACGCCCCGAGUUUCCUAAUUGAAAAUAACUUUAAUUUGUUUUUUUUUUGUCUUCACCACACUCCGCCGGAGGAUUUCCAUUCGAUUUCCGUGGUACGCGGAAAAACAACCGUCCGAAUAUCCUCGUUUUCCGCGUCCGCUCGACGGUCGCUGGCCGUAGUUUUUGUCGCUGAAGUAGCAGUGACCGACCGGUAACGCUCGCGCGCGCACACACGUACACCGUUCGGCGGUAGUCGACCCGGACGACCUCAUCAGAGGAGAAGCACGUUGCGGUUAAAGUGCAGCGACGGUCUGCGAGUCUUCACAAGACAACGACAGCUCCAGAGCGUCCUUGCAGAGGUUAUUCGCGCCGGUUAUUUCGGUGGAAAAGUACGAGACCAGACAAUAAUAAUACCUGAAGUACGUUUUCCCGACAUCGUGAAGAGAUGACUACCAAGGCGGCAACAACAGCGGCGGUAGUGGCUACCGCGGCCACCCCCCGGAGGAGACGAGCCAGCGGUUUCGCGAGGAUGGCGGCCUUUUUGUUGGUAGCCUCCGUCGUUUUGGCCGAUGUGAUCAGAGUCUGUGAAUGUCGUACCUUACGAGAUGACAAUUACCGACUACAGCGAAUUCGCCGAGAUGAUAAAAGCUCGGAUUAUAUGGGUGAUAGUACGGUUAGUGAUGAGGAUGAGGAUUCAGAAGAAGCAUCCCCCGUCGGCGUCGGUGCUCCGCACACAAUGCCCAGCCUACUGACAUCGGGACUUGUGGUAGAAACUAUCGAGGGCACAACGGUGAAUCUACCUUGCAAGGUUGCCAAUGGUUCUGAAGACUAUGCGGUAAUUUGGAUCAAUGGCACCAAGAGCAUAAUGACUGACUAUUAUACGAUGACUACAGACGAGAGGGUCAAACAUGGAACGCAAUCGGAGACAUCUGCAGGAUACCAGGAACACACACUGAUCAUCGAGCAAGUAACAAGGAUGGAUUCUGGAUUCUACACGUGCAGAAUAACAACAACACCCCCCCUUGAGAUAACCCAUACUCUUCGUGUCACACAUCCGGCCAAAGUUUUAACAGUGCAAGCAGUGGGAUCCACGGGUUCGCCUACCGCAGGCUUGAAAAAGUUGGCUGUGAAACAAGGUGAACUCGUGCAACUGGUAUGCAGUGUGGCAGGGUACCCGGAACCUACUGUUCAAUGGACCAGAAGGGCCAAGUACCAUCAGCAACCGCAUCAAUCAACCUCAGUGUCCCCAGACCAUGAUCAAAAGGUCCCGGAUUCUGCAUCAUCAACUUCCUCGACGGUAGUCGUGUCGAACACAAAUGAGGUCCGUAUCGAUUCUGUCGUCGCGUAUCGCGAUGCCGGUUACUAUGAGUGUUCGGCGCACAACAGCAUCACCACAGGAUCCACCUCCUCCGGAUCUGGAGGGCCCAACGCGGCAAACGCACAUUUGGGAAUAGAACUGGAAGUAGAGUUCUUGCCAGACAUUGUUGUGCCCCGGCUCAUCGUCAACACCGGAGAAACGUACACCGCUCAGAUGGCGUGUUCCGUGCAAGCGUACCCCAAGGUAAAAGUCACGUGGGAAAAGGAAAUGCUGACCCCGAAUGGACCGGCAUCGUCGACACCCGUGGUCGCUGAAGGCCCCAACAGCCGGUAUGAUACGUCCAGGCAAUCAUCAGCCCAAAACACGUUCCAGGGUUCAGGGAACGCAACCGCGAUGCCGGCAGGACCCACUUUCGUGCUCAGAGUGAAACAGGUGCAAGGACCGCAGGACUUUGGUCGGUACCGUUGUCGGGCCGAGAACCGCGUGGGCAUAUCAUAUUCGGAUUACAUAACGUUGACCGGUUCACCGGCCCGACCACAACAGUCGUACGUCAAGGUCAAGGGCAAGGCGCCCGAACUGGCAUGGACUGUGGACAGUUGGUCGCCACUGAUCGAGUACCAGUUGCAGUACAGGCAGCAACAGGACUCGCCGACUUCUUGGGCGGACGUCAAGCCGCAGCCACAGGUGGUCGAGUCGUCUACUGGUGGCGACGCGGGAGACGAGCGCCGGUACUCCAUGUCCUACGUGUUCGGCGACAACGUUCAGCUUCAACAGCAGGUCGGAGGAGCACCCGCGACCACACCGGUCACCCUUCAACACGGCACCACGUACGUGGCACGCCUCAAGGCUCGCAACGUUCACGGCUGGUCGGACUGGUCAGCGGACGUCGUGUUUUCCGGUGGAAUGGACGAUGACCAAGAGGCCAACGAGAUUACCCAGUACGGUGGACAUCAACAUAACGACGAUGUUUUGAAAGCUUCCGUCGCAGGCGCUAGUGGUGCAUCAGGUCUGCAGCAAUACUGCAACACCGCUUUGGUCACCUCCAUCGUGUUGGUCGUCACCGCACUGGUUGCCACCGCGACUUCCGCCUGUUAGACCGCCUGUCCUGCAGUCCAGGAACGCCGCCACCGCAGAACGUGUACUUCCAUCGCUACAACGUCAACCACGGCUGCGAAAAUUACUAAGAAAAAAAUUUAUACCUAUUUAUUAUUAUAUAAAAUUUACUAAACGCAACAACGACACCAUAUUAGACGCGCACCUACCCGCUGCCGACGUGAGCCUAAUUCUCUCUCUCUCUCUCUCUCUCUCUCUCUCUUUCUUUCUUUUCAAAAAUAUAUAUUCGGCCACCGGAUAACGGGAGGGGGUGCAAGCAAAUUAAAAACGAUUACUUAUAUAUACAACCAAAGACAGACACGAUGGCGACUAUACUACUGCAGUGAUUCAAAACACUAUAUUAUUAUAAUAUUAUAUUAUUGUUGUCGUUAUAAUUAUUAUUUUCGCCGCUUAUUAUUAUUUAUUACAUAUUAUUAUUAUUAUUACUAUAAUGCGAUGGAUGUACGACGGUUUUCCGCGCCUCGAUUUAUACAAUUUAAUAUAUAAUAUAGGUAAUAUAUAAUUUACCAAUAUUUUAAUAUGACCGCUAUAUAAUCAUAAACAUUCGUAGAUUUAUUAUUGAUUAGGUUUAUUUGACGCGUUAUUAUUAUGACGUCGUGCGCUUAAAUCACCGCCGCCGCCGCCGCCGUGGUGACCGAUGCCGCCGACGGAGCUUUUUCUUCUGAUUUUCAUCGCCCGUUGUCUAAUUACUUUUCUACGCUCGCGCGUUGCCCGCCGCUCGCACUCUCAAUAUUAUUAUCAUCAUUGUUUUUAUUAUUAUUACCACACAAUAUGUACAACGAUAUUAUACUGUCGCCACACGGCCGCGAUAAUAGGCAUCGCGCACGCUUGAUGCGAACGUGUCACGUCCAUCCGACAGCAGGACAUUUUUCGAAACGUCAUCAUUAUACGGUCGCACGACAAUAAUGUUAAUAAUAAUAAUAAUACGUCCGAUAUGUACCUAACGUACUUGGCUCGUACCUAUUAUAUUAUAGGUACGCGUGCACGUCGUUCGUAGAUUUUUAACGAGCGUUUGUUUUCUCAUAUAAUGUACGUAGGUAUAGGAUGACACGCGCGACCUGUGCACACACGCGACCCGUCGUCGUAAAUGCCGUGGGUCGUCGGAAGAACGGUUUUAUUUAUUUAUGUUUUGUUUGUAUGUUUUUACCCCUUGAAAAAUGUAAACCCAUUGCGCGAGUUCACGAGCACUCCAUCCUAAUCACGGCGGCAACGCGUUUUUUCAUUUUUUUAUUAUUAUUAUUAUUAUUUUUUUUUUCUACAACAAUUCAUUAGGUAUAGACUAUAUUAUAUUAUAUUAUAUUAUCUUCCACCCGUGUGUCUGUAAUGAUAUUUUAUUAUACGUGUUGUACAUAAAACAUAAGAAGGGGACAACGCUUUUGUUAUUAUUAUUAUUAUGAUUUUUUUUCGUACAUUAUUAUUAUUAUUAUUAAUUAUUAAUAUUAUUAGAAUACGAUUUAUAGCGUCGCCAUGCGCGUCUAUGAUGCACCUACUUUAUAUAAAUAAAUCAUACAUACCUAUUAAUAGUGCCGAGAUCGAAUUUUUUACUACAAUUUUUAGACUGCCGCAACAAUUAAAAACACUACUAUUUUAUACAUGGACAAAUGUAGAAAUCGAGCUUAUAUAAUACAAUAUACAUUAAUUAUAAUAUUACGAGAUAAUCAAAAUAUAAUACAAACAGUUAUUAUUAUAUUUUUAUAACAUGAUAUUUAUAUAUGUUUAUGUAUAUUGUGUAUACACUUUUGUGUGUAAUACAUUUAUAUAUAAUAUAAUAUAUGUACCUACAUAAUAACGCUAGUUUUUUUUCGCUUUUGUGUGUAUUUAUUAUUAUUAUUUUAUUUUUAUUUGUAUAAGAUUACGAUGGCAACUAUUCUCUUAAUUAAUUAUAUAUUUUUACUAUUUGACUAAAUACACAUAUGCAUAGAAUGCGUGCUUGUUAUACGUGUGUACUUAAAUAAUUCAUAUGCCAGUUUUCUGUGCGACCGCUCGAUUUUAUUAUUAUUAUUAUUAUUAUUAUUAUUAAUUAUUAAUUAUUAUAUUAUACGCUGCUAUGAAAUUAGUAUAAUUAUAUAUUAUAUUACUAUUUGUAGCCCCUCUCAGUGUCUGCAGUCUAUUUUUAAUCUACUACACUUACAUGAAAUAAAAUCAAAUUUAAAUAAUAUAAUAUUGUUAAAAGUA